CAGUCUACUGCUAUAGACGUAUCUAUACACAGUUAAAGGACAGUGAAAGAGCUGUGCCCGAAGUACACCUCUCUAAUACAACAACCUGGUUUCAACAGAUUCAACAUGGUUUUGCUUCCUCCUGGUGGACUUCCGGAGAUUGUCUUCUCCUUUGACACAACCGGCUCUAUGUCUGGCUGUUUAGCUGAAGUCCGAGGUCGCCUCCAGGACAUGAUACAGCGACUCCAGGCUGACAUCCCCGCCAUCAGAAUUGCCGUCUUCGCCCACGGUGACUACUGUGAUAGUUAUCGUGCGACUCAAUAUGUCGACUUUUCCACUGACGUCGCCGAACUCUGCAAAUUCGUUAAAAGCGUUGGCAGCACUGGGGGUGGAGGAGACGGAGGCGAAUGUUACGAACUCGUUCUUCGAGAAGUAGGCGAGAAACUGUCGUGGACGCCGGGCUCAAAUCGGGCUUUGGUCCUCAUCGGGGAUGAACCACCACACACACCAAGUUUCAGGGAAAAUAAACAGAAGAUAGACUGGAGGAAAGAGCUGAAAAAGUUGACAACCAUGGGAGUGAAGAUUUACGGUGUUGAGUGUGGAGGUGGUGGUAUAGAAUUCUACACUACUAUUUCUGAGCAGUCGGGAGGUCGUUAUCUUCAACUCAAAGAUUUCUCCAACGUGUUUGACCUCCUAAUGGCCAUCUGUUACCGGGAACAGGGAGCAGAUAUGUUGGAGGCCUACGAGAAGGAGGUCCGAAGUCGCAGAGGUGACGGUUCUCUGAGCAAAGAUGUGGAAGGAAUGUUUACUGCCCUGCGUGAUGGAGCAGCUGCCGUUCCUGUGUCGACGAAGGUGACAAACACACGCGGCAAGAAAGCAGAAGCUGAUCCAGUGUUGCCAAAACCUGCAUCAAAAAUCAAAACUGGAAAAUCAAAACCGACAUCUAACAGAAAACCAAAGCCCAAAAGUAUUAAGAAACCAAGCAAGAAACCGUUACUGAUGAGAGAGGAGAUCCCCGAGGACAAUUUUGCCCUGAAGGACAUGGACUGGUCGCCCUGGGUCAAAGGUAUCUCCCCUAGGCGCCCACAGCCUCAAGACGCAGACAGGUGGGAGAAACGGUGGGGUGAUAUGAAAACUGGAUUCAGAACCAAGAAAAUCUUCAGCUCCAAGAAUAACAAACCAGCACUCUAUGAGAUCGGUGUUCAGGUCAACCGCAAUGGGCGGAGGUUCGUGGUCUUGAACACACUCUGCCGCCAUAUUCCGGACGGUGUCCACUGGGAAACUCGUCUCUUUGGAAACAAGAUUGUCAAAGCCCAAGUAAACAAAGUUGUGUCUCAAGGUUGUAGUGUCUUCGUGCGGAGGGCAACAUUCAAAACAGUCAAGAGUCACGACAAAACUGUUCAGUCAGCUCUCCUUACUUACGAUUAUGCCUGGAGGAGGCUUAGGAACAUACGCACACGUGCUCGAUAUGUUGUGAAACAAGGCUGUACCAUUUCCUCCAACAAAUGGUGAGACGUGCCAUCUGUUCAAACGUCAGCUGACAAGGAUACCUCAGAUAAGGAAUGUUGUGUUAACGAACAUUCAAGUCGGCAGAAUGAUGAAGUUAUGAAAUUUCAAUUUUGCGACGAUUCAUCCAAACCAAAAAACUGUCCCGAACUCACUAGCCAUUCAUUGGGGCUGGCUACCAUGAUUCACUGAUAAUGGGUUCGAACCCCAGAUUUACGGAGAUCAAAGUGAAUGGUGGUGUCGUGGAUUGCACCGUGAGAUGUUGUGGACCUGCAUCACUUCUUCCUCAUUAGGUUCACGCACUUUGUAAAUAGUCAUUGUUUGUUUCCAA